AUGCCGCACCAGGCACAACAGGUGCAGUUUCAGCAGAUGGCAGGCGGGCACAAUUGGCAGAUGGCGGCGCAACCAGUGGUGCAACAUCCAGAGAUGCCAGGCGGGUACAACCAGCCAUACCAACAAGGCCAAGGCGGUUUCUACCCACCGAUGAUGCCACAAGCACCAACCCAGCCGAUGCAAGGAGGGUAUGACCAGCAAUACCAGCAGUUCCACGGUGGUUUCAACCAGCAGCCGGUCCCAGGAACCUCGACCGCCUUCACCAGCGCACAAUCAGCUGGUCCGAUGCAGCCUUUUGGAGGACAGAACCCUGGAUAUCAGUCUGACCCUUCGCAGGUGUACUUCCAGCCUCCGUCAGGGCAAAUGCAGCCAGGAUAUGCUCCUGUUCAACCUCAGAGUAACCACGUGAUGCAGCAAAAUCAACAACCGGCACCAUCAGCAAAUCAGUUCGGUGCUCCUGCGCAGGGCAACUUUGUGCCUCAAAUUCCGCAGCCGGCCCUGCAGCCACCAAUGCAGGCACAGCAGACACCACAGGUACCGCCACCGCAAGCAUCCGCACCGCAGGCAUCCGCACCGCAGGCAUCCGCACCGCAGGCAUCCGCAUCGCAGGCACCUCUAGCUCCACCGGCACAGUCACGGCAGACACCAUCAUCACAGGUACCGCCACCGCAAGUAGCACCACCGCAAGCACCGCCAUCGCAGGCACAACCGGCGCAAGCAUCACGUCCACCCCAGGCCCCAGGCGCAGCUCGAAUCCAGCGACUCCAAGACCAAUCGUACAUGCAGAAGGAGACGGUUCUGUGCCAGACGUUCAGGCGAUUCGCAACCAGUCGAUUUCGAGACCAACUGCCGAUGCUGUCCUCGAUACCUUAUCUUCGCGCACAGAGACCCUGUCUAUCCAGCCCAACAACACCCGAGGACACACCAGCACCUCUGUCGACGACACUGCCUCUGCUGCGCGCACCCGGAACGGAUACUUUAGGUGCUGGGGCUGUACCAAGAACACCUUGCGCGACGAUUUCUCGAUCAUCAUGCACUUGGAGAGCGGAGCAUGUCCCAGCGGUGUCAAAGAUAUCCACAUUCGAACAUGGGCUCAGGGAUAUUCCAGGCACCAUGAGCUUGGGUAUGAAAUCCGACACAAUGAAGACCGGCCCGAAGAAAACCAACACGAUGACAACCAACACGAUGACAACCAACACGAUGACAACCAACACGAUGAAGACGGACAUGAUGAAAACCUACACGAGGAAGACCAACACGCUGAAAACCUACACGAUGAAGACCAACACGAUGAAGACCGACACGACGAAACCCAACACGACGAAAACCGCCACUUUAGAUGUCUCAUUUGUGAGAAUAGUAUUCAUCGACUCUUCAGUGGUUUGA